UGUAUUUUUUUUUGUUUUUCUGUCAUAAUUUUUAAAAGCAAUACAGUAAAAAAAAAAAGAGACUAAUUUCAAAAUUAGUAUCAGAUAAGAGAUAUUUGUAUUAUUUUACAUUUAAAAGAUAAUGAUACACAACUUCCUUUGUAUCUACCUUUAAUACUAUUAACUGUUCUCUUAACAAUUCGGAUGCCUCAUGGUUCACAUUGAUUAGGAUUGAUUUAAUUGUUAUGUCAAUUCGUAAGAACCCUUACUAUCAUAUUAUCUCAAUCGUAUUAUUAUCAGGUCAUAUUUGUCAGAAUGAAUCAGCAGGGUGGUUCUACCUGAAUGUCAUGUUUUGUGUUCUGUUUAAGGCCAUGCCCACCUCACCGAUUUUAACAUUGCAACCAUCGUCAGAGAUGGAGAAAGAGCCACUGCUCUAGCUGGGACUAAGCCUUACAUGGCUCCGGAGAUCUUUCAUUCCUUUCUGAAUGGAGGAUCGGGCUACUCCUUUGAAGUUGAUUGGUGGUCUCUAGGAGUGAUCGCAUAUGAGCUUCUGCGUGGAUGGAGGCCUUAUGACAUCCAUUCCAAUAGUCCUGUGGAAUCGCUAGUUCAGCUGUUCAGCACCGUGAGCGUCCAGUAUACAACAGCUUGGUCAAAAGACAUGGUGGCAUUAUUAAGAAAGCUUUUGACAGUCAAUCCUGAGCAUCGUUUUUCCAGUCUAGCCAACAUCCGGACUUCCUCCUACUUCUCUAAUGUGGACUGGGAAGAAAUUUGGGAGAAGAAAGUAGAGCCUGGCUUCGUUCCCAACAAGGGCCGCCUGCACUGCGACCCCACUUUUGAGCUGGAGGAGAUGAUUCUGGAGUCGCGGCCGCUGCACAAGAAGAAGAAGAGGCUGGCCAAGAACAAAUCCAGGGACAACAGCAAGGACGGAUCGCAGUCCGAAAAUGAUUACUUGCAGGAAUGCCUUGAAGCAAUUCAGCAAGAUUUUGUCAUUUUUAACAGAGAAAA